UUCUUGCUUCACCUGACAUGUGAUAUAGUUUAAAAUAAAACUGCAGUCUUGAUCAAUAAAAAUGCACGGCCUGUUGUGAGCGUCACUAGCGAUACCUGCGGCACUGAACAGUUCAAGGUGUAUUCUGCUGUUUGUUUGUUUUUAUUUCAUUUAGUGGAAGUUAAACAAUACUUCAGAAAUACUUUACGGAAAUAUUUGAAUUUUGUUUUACGGAAAUUCACAUUCGUGGCCCCGAGUGAACCCCUGACGCUGUGUUUUAAGGAGACUGCAUCUAAGAAGAAGUGACAUUUUGGAGAGCGGUGUUCCUUGAAAAGAGAUCCUGGAUUGUCGUUAGUGGCUGUGUGCUAACAGAAAUAUUAAACGACUGACACGACUUCACAUCUGUGAUAAACGUGAAACAAAUAACUAUGGAUAAAGAGUAUUUAAAGAAAAAGGCCUGGUACCUGGGGGAAUGGCGUCAAAGUGUUUUAGCGGAUACCGUGAUCAACCAAAUCCAACAGCUGGUUAAGGGAAAGAAAGGCAAAAAUGUCAAACUGUGCAUGGCCAGGGAUGGAAUCCGUGUUUUUGUGUCAAACCUACUACAGGGUAAGAUUCUGUACGAUCAUGUACCAUUUACUGACCUGUACUUCAUGACUGUUAAUCAGCACAAUCCCAGUUGUCUAUUGGUGAUCGCAAAAGACCCGAGACACAAGUACCGAAUUCUGGCGUACCGCUGUGAGAAUUCGUUGGAUGCUGGGCUUUUUAUACAGUAUUAUAGAGACGUGCGCAAGUCUAUGACAUCAGUGGAAGGGUAUAACAUUGAAUUAAGAAGGUCAGACGAAGGAAACUGGACAUUGAGAUCUAAACAACACGAGGAUAACAAGCGACAAUUAAAGACUAUAGUUAACAUGCAGACGGGAACUGCACAACCAAAUGGAGGUAUUCAAAACUCACAUACAAAGGUAGCGAUCGUUAAUGGACAGUCGAAACCUGACGAAAACAGAAACACAAAAAUGGUGAUUCAAACUCGCGCAGAAAAGUCGCCACCCUCAUCUCCAAGAGAGAAAGUUAUCCUGGAAAAAGUUUACAGAAAAGGUAAAAGUCAGAACAAUAUCGGAAUCCAGGCAUCCGGUCCAGGAACAGAGAGAUAUUCUGACAAUGUGUCCGAGACCUCGGAUUCCAACCAAUCAUUCCAGAACGAACUUAACUAUCUAUCUAACGAACUGCGAGAAAUAAAAUUCAUGCUAGAGAAAUCCACAGGAAUAAGUGCUGAAGUUUUCCAUGACAAGAGUGGUAAGGAAAUUCAGACUGAGUCAUUUCGGACAGAACCUGAUACCGAGUUGACGGUGAACAAGGCACUGGAGCCAAUCGAUGCCGUUGUCAGAGAUGAGGAAGAAGAAGAGGUUAAACUGAGGGAAGUCCAGAACGACGACGGCCCAAAGGUCCGCGUGUCUGUACCCGACUAUCGAAGUUUAGGAGUCCAAGCGUCAUCGAAAACUCUCCCUCCACCCCCGGAAAAGCGCGCUGCGACACUGCCAGCUACUUUCCGACAGACACAGCCGGACGGCCCGGAAUUACUGCGGGCGAGCACAACAAAUUACCAGUCUUGGAAGGAUGACGUUAUGCUACGUGGUCGAGUGGGUCGUUCAACUAGACCAAGAACAGCUUUAUACAGUACCAGCAGCUAUACAAGCACUGACGGAAGUAUAAAGGGAAGUUUACGAGGGGCUCCGAAUGGAGUUCAUGUUCAUUUUGACAGUGCAGUCCCUAAAGGAUCCGUUGUUUACAGGAAAAAAGCAAUAUCCACCAACGUCCAGAAGCCUAUCGAGAGGGUGUACCAGCGCCCUCACUCGGUCCAUUCUACAGGUCGACCCUAUGUUGUUCACCAUCACCACCACCACAGGGGACCAGUUUAUCAGGCCGCGGUACCAGCCACACUGGACCUGAAUCAAAAUAAGGUGAACGAAGCGGUCAUAACUAAUGGCCAUUCUCCCUCUUCACCAAGAUCUUCCAAUGGAGCGGGAUUCUUUAUCCGAACGUGAUUCCAACAAGGUGCUUGUACAAAAUAUUGUUCAUAAUACGUGUAUGGACAUUUCAAUUCCGUGAACCGUGUAUGGAUGCGAACGGUUAUUUCAGGACUGUUUCUUGUAAAUCUAUUAAAUCAGGAUGCAUUUACUUAUCUAGUGAAGUGAACGUACACACGUUACGUUGGACGGGAUUUUUAUUAGGUUGAAAUCUGAAUUUUGGAUUUUUACUUUGCAGAAACAUUGCCAGAACUUGUCAAGGCCAGUUGCGUGUUUUUGUUUGCAAUUUAAAAACUGAUAUUAAAAUCAAAUCGGGCAUUCAACCUUUGACUGGGGAUAUUUUGAUUAUCUGUUUAUGAUGGUUGUACUGCAGACAGACGUUGUUUAGUGCGUAGCCCUAAUAUCGGGUAUCAAAGAUUUUACGGCUCUCCCGCGAAAAGUACACUUAUCAUUGUAUUUAAAAAAUGGGGUAUAGAUUGUUUAGUUUCUUUUUGGGGACCGUGAACGAUUACCUAUACAAUUCUCUACAUACCUUAGUGGUCUUCAAAGGCCUUCACUAAGUUCUUCAAACUUUAAUGGUCAACUGAUAAAUUAAAUAUAGGAAAAUACUAGCAUCACAUUGCUCACAUUUAGAACAUUAUUUUCAUUGUAGAUGGAAAAAAUAUAAGAAAUUUUUAAGUUAUAAUGUUUAGUGAAAUUUUUAUGUUUGUGGUUUUUGUAUUUCUAACCAGCACUUAUUAAAUCUGAGAAUAAGAUUUAGUUCUUUGGAAGAAUUAAAAUCCGACCACAGAAAUAUUUUGCCUAUUCCUAAGUCCUUAGCCUGAAUGGCUUAUUUUUUUCUAAUACACAAUCUAUCAACAGUUUAUCGUAUUAUCAGCUGUGUUGACACUUCAUACAAUUUAAUCAAUCUAAUUCUUAAUUGUAGGUUUAUAUAUUAUCUGCUGAAUUUAUUAUGAAGAAAUGCAUUGUAUUAUUACAAAUUGCUUUGCUUUGUGUAAUUAUAUUACAUACAUGUAUUGUGUAAUCAAAUAUAUGGUUUUCAAAUGUUCAGAGGAUUUACAUUAAAUUGUAUACAAUGGAUUAUUUUAAUCUUGCUUUCAGUGCAAUGUAAAUUAUUUUGACGUGUUAUCGUACUUUCACGUGAUCAUUAGUCAUUACUGCCCAGGUAAAUGAAUAAUAAUUUUCACAGCUGUUGUGCACUAUGGAUGAAAAGUUCAUUUUUGAAGUUUAUAUCAGUAUUUUUUUCUAAGAUGACGAUUCGACAAAAGCAUGAUACAGAGACAGAGUCAAUAAAUGCAUAUAUUUAU